GGGCCGCGGCGGGGCGGCGCUGGCGGCGCGGCGGCCGAGGGCGUUAAGAGCCGGGGCCGCGCGGCGCGGGCAGCGAGCGGAGCCUCGGGAGGGCCGGAGGAAGCCCCGCGCCGAGGGAAGGCAGGCACCUGGCGGUGACGGACAGCAGCGCGGCGGGGCACAGCGCUGCCUCUGCUUCCUUUCCUCUGCGAAGGAUCCACCUCCUGCUUUCCUACCAACUCGCGUGGCAUAACCUUCACAGGAGACCACCCCCUACAGACUUUCUAAUCUUCGGGUUUCGGGUUGUUCUUGGCGGCUUUUUAAUGCUGCUAUUGAGAGAGUAACUGCCGAACAGUUCCCGGGUCUAUGCAGGACUUGGGGGAUUUUGUUAUCUCGCCAGCGAUAACAACAUUGUUCGUCGCUAAUGUCUUGUGCUCCCAGGGUGCUAAAUUAGCUCCCAGAGCAGGCAUGGCGAAGAGCGGCUUUCACCACAGACUGUCCUCUUCGCUUUGAACACACUGGCUGGGUAUUUGCUGCAUGAUGCUGUCCAGGGAAGCAGGGUUUUUUCUCCGGCUGCUGUGAUUCGCCGGCUUCGGAGCUUAUUGCAGAGGAAAAAAAAAUUUUUUUAAACUGAGUGGAUUUUCCCCCCUUCUCCUCAUUUCCAGAAGACGGAGAUCUUUCACCAGGGAAGGAUCACCUGUCGCUUUAAUCCUCGAGGGAGUUAUAUUUUUUUUCUUAAGUGAAUUUUAUUUGUUUCAGUCCGUUAUUUAUUUAUCCAUCCAUUUCAUUUAUUUACUUAAACCGACGGAGGCGUGAUUCUGGAGAAUGAGACUGAGGGAAGCUGCCAGGGUUUGGAGGACGACGCUGAGUUUAGGGUGGAAGCUAAGAGACUAGAUCCCUCCCUCCCCCUCUUCUUUCCCCGCCGGCGCCGCUUUAUUUAUUUGUGUUAUUUUUUGGCACAACUUCCCUACUUUCCCCUCCGCUCAGUUUCUCUGCAUGGCCAGAUCAGCAAACCUGGAAGCAGAGGAGCUCAAGAUGACCCGAGAGCAGUACAUAUUAGCAACACAACAGAACAGCCUCCCGAGGACUGAACAGCCUCAGUUUUACCCAGUGGGGAUAUAUGGGUGGCGAAAGAGGUGCUUAUACUUCUUUGUCCUUCUGCUGUUGGUUACCAUGAUUGUUAACUUAGCAAUGACAAUAUGGAUUUUGAAGGUUAUGAAUUUCACAGUGGAUGGCAUGGGGAAUUUGAGAGUCACUAGCAAAGGAGUGCGGCUUGAAGGAGUGUCUGAAUUUCUGCUUCCACUAUACGUGAGAGAAAUCCACUCCCGGAAGGACAGUCCCCUGGUCCUGCAGUCUGACAGGAACGUGACAGUGAACGCCAGGAACCAGAGGGGACAGCUCACUGGGCAGCUGACAGUCGGAGCUGAUGCUGUGGAGGCCCAGUGUAAGAGGUUUGAAGUGAGGGCAAGUGAAGGUGGAAAAGUGUUGUUUUCUGCAGCUGAAGAUGAGAUUGUCAUUGGAGCCGACAGACUGACGGUCACAGGCACGGAGGGGGCAGUGUUUGGGCACUCUGUGGAGACUCCCCAUAUCAGAGCAGAGCCUUCCCACGACCUCAAACUUGAAUCUCCUACCAGGUCUUUGGUAAUGGAAGCACCCAGGGGAGUCCAACUCAACGCAGCUGCAGGAGACUUGAAGGCUACCUGCAGGAAAGAGCUGCACUUGCAGUCCACAGAGGGGGAGAUAUUUUUAAACGCAGAUAUAAUCCGCCUGGGAAAUCUACCCGUGGGUUCCUUUUCCUCCUCCUCCUCCUCGCCCAGCUCCUCAGCUCCUCGCCAGACUAUCUAUGAGCUCUGCGCCUGUCCCAACGGCAAACUUUACCUGUCCCCAGCGGGAGCAGGCUCCACAUGCCAGUCCACCAGCAACAUCUGCCUGUGGAGCUAGAGCGCCUGCGGCUCUCCUGACACCAGCGUAGCCUUUCGUUGCUGUCCCGGCGGCUCCCCGGCGGCGCGUCCCGCGGAGCAGCUCCGCCAGCCGCGGCCGGAGCGCGGCGCUGCCUGCUCCCGUGGGUUGCCAUGCGCUCGGCGUGGGCGUGGGAGCGGCACUCAGAGAUCCCUCCGGUCGGCGCCAGGAAACCUGGACCGUGACAUCCCCGUGUCCCGAAGGGAGGGUAGCACAGGUGCCUUUGCCCCGUGGAGUGAAGCACACGGUCUGAGGGUUACGCAGGACCUGGGGACGGACUGCACGGCACGGACACACGGACCCCCAGACCUGCCAGAACCUGCUGGCGAGACGAACUGGUUCCCCGCCGUGUGAUCAAUGAGGUUAACGUCUGAAAGCACAAUUUUCCACUCGUCUCUUUUGGAUGUGAACUUCCCUGCCGACUGCCGCCGUUGGCAGCGCCGUGUGGUGCCAGCUUUGCUGAACGGUGCCCUUCAGCAGACGGCCAGCGGCCCCCUCGGUUUGGUUCCUUUCAGAGUGUGUUGUUACUCUUUGUCCACUCGCCCUAGGGUUUUGUACACCGGGUAGCUUUUGGAAGUGCCCAGCAAUAUUGCCCUUCAAAGUGAAGCCGAGCCCUGCUCUCCUGCCUGCCACCUGAAUGGCCUUAGCCAGCGUGCCCCUGGCCGCUGCCUGCCGCGCAGAGCAGACGGCUCCUGGAGAAGAGGGAGGUGCUGAGGACACGUUCGCUGGUCGCUCUGUUGCUCCUCACACGGUGUUUGUAGUUGGCAAGUGCAAAAAUCAGAACACCUAACGAGGUUCAGCUGCUCCAUUGCCCAGCUGCCCCUGCCCACCGUGCCGUGGUCAGCAGCGGUUUGCUGCGCAGCGCUAAGGGCUGCCCUGGCAGCCACAGCCAUUGCUCUGCUCGCCACAGGCUGCAGAGUUUAGCACAGUCACAGCCACAUAUCUAAAGCCUCCCCCUCCCCCCAACUGGCAUUCAGGGUUAAGCGGUACACUGACCCCAGCCGAUUGCAGCAGCUCAGGCUCUGCAGCCACCCUUGCACUCAGCUCUCCUCCCUGGCUUGCUUUCCUCACCCCUGUGAUGUGGGGUUCCUUUCUCGGGUCUGCAGUCAGACUUGCUGGGUUGAGCUGGUCACUGACAGCGUAGUGGGGAAAGGUGCUCUGGGAUGCUGCUGGUAAAUCCAUCCCAGCAUUGCUUGCCUGGAAGCCGGCAGACCCUAGGGAUGCCCCGGCAGACCCCAGGGAUGUCAAGCAGUGUUACAGUGUUUCCCGUGGUGGCCGAUGGCUUGGUUGCAUGGGGUGAGUGUGGCUUUCCCCCGUCCUUUGAGUUACGUCAGCUAGCAGGGAGCUGCGGAGGCUUCUGAGGGAGCUCAGCCAUGCGCGGGUGGCUUUUGCCAGAGACCUCCAAAGUCAGGGCAGACAGUGUGGGGUGGGGACAGCCACACAGAGCUUUUUUCUCUUCCAAGAGAAGAAAACAGCCGAAAAUGAACAAACCAACACUGCAACUCCCUUUGCACGUUCUUGCCACCUCACCAGGCUGAUUUUGGUUUCUCUCCAGGUGAAAUUCACUCCUGUGCAGAAGCCCAGCACAAGAGGUGUCUGCGGCUGGCCUGGUGCUUGCCUUUCCACUGCUACUCUUUAGAGGCGCAAACAUCACCCCACAGCAAGAGUUCUUUCUCUGCUGCUCCUGGCAGCUGAGUGAAGAUCUUAAACUGACAUUUUGCCUCUUCAAAAGAAGGCUGGUAACAGCUGAGCUGUCCUUUCUCUGAGCAUUUUAUUCUUUCACUUGGGAAGGAAAUAGAUGAGAAAAUAUUGCAAGGAAAUACACACAAAGCCUGAGGAUUUUGACUAGAGGGAACAGAAAGAGAGGGCAGGAGAAGGUGCAGCCAUACCACAGAGCCUGAAGGCUCUAGGGAAAUGGAUGCAUUUCUCUAAUAGACACAAGGAAUAGGAUGCUGGUGUGAAAGUCACACAGAGAAAGAGCAUUUCAGGAGGGAGGUUAAGAUAGAGACGUGCAUGAGGACACAGCUGUGCAUUCACCAUCUGUGCACACCCAAGACACGACCAAACAUCUCAGUGACUCACCUAUGUAGGCAAUUAAAUUGCAGCUUCUUCCAAGCUGCACACAGUGACACUAAGUUACUUAAUUUUCUCCUCAAACACACCCCGGGAUGGCUUGCAAAGACUUUGGCAUGGUUUUGUCCCCGAGAGGUUACUUGUUUGCCCUUCCCCUUUCCUGCGAUCCUUACUAAAGGGGGGUCUGCCCACGAGCCAGGAAGCCCCAUCCUCUCGACGGUUUUACCCCAGCUGGGGUGGGAAUGAGCAGGUAGUGAAAACCUUUUGUGGCUGGAUUCCUUUCAAACAGCAAGGCUGAAAUGAUUUCCCACUCUGUAUGAAGAAAACUCAGGGCAGAGGUGCAGAUGGCACUUGGGACUCAACAAAACCAAAGCAGCCAGUCCAGACAGCACUGCACUGUCAGAAUGUCCUUGCGUGGAGUACCCUGGCUGUGGAGCAGAGAGGGGGUGAGAGCUUUAGCAGCCUGUCAGGCAGCAGCAGGAGUUCUCCUCUUGUCUUAAUGUUCUCCUGAGUUGCAGGGUAUUGGUGUUUUGCUUUACAUCCGUGGGAAACUGUCAGAGGGUAGAAAUCUCAGGUUUUUCCUUUAAAGCCCAUGGUUAGCCCAGGCGCUCUCAGUGCGCUCAGAGACACCGAGGAGCUGUGAGCAGGAUCGUCCUGCCAGAGGGCGAGCAGGACCAGCGCUGGGCUGUUGGGAGCCGGCAGUAGCGAAGCCCUCCGUAGCAGAGCUGCGCUGCUUGCAGCAGCCUCCCCAGUCUGGCAGGGAGCAGGCAGGACCCGGCAGUGCCACGGCAGGUGGGAGGAGAGGAGGAGCUCUCAGCAGUUAGUCCCCAGGCAAACACGGAGCCAUAGCUGCGCAGUGCCGCUGGGCGCUUCCCGCAGAGCCAUAGCGAACAGCCCGCUGCUUUUUGUCACCUCCCGCACUCGCCCCUGGCCCUGCCCCCGACUUCUUUCGGUCUGUUGGCAGCUUCUCACAAGUGACAUUCACCCCAGCUGGUGUCUGCCUGCCUGCUCUGCCUGUUCAAGAAAAGAGGCAUCACUCCUCAGUCUGGGUAGGGCCAGCGUUCCCCAUCGGUAAUCGCUCUGCUCUGGCACUUGCAGGGAAAGGCUGGAGUCGUUUGGGUAUUUUAAAGCAUUAGUAUUUGGGUAGCUAAUAAUACUUAAAUAAAAGGCAAAAAGCAAAGCAGUGGCUAAACCAGGCCUCUGAGGGUGGUUGUAGUACUUAAACCCUGUGUCAAAUAAAGCUGCUUUUUGUGCUAGAAUGCUUGUCUGGGAACCACCAGGGCUCUGCUGCAGCUGCCUGACUUCUUCAGGGCUCUGCUUGUGCCAGCAGUGGGACAUAAGGAAAGGCUCCUUGGCUCCAUGCGUUUAACCUGCCCACCAGAGCUCCGCGGGGCUCUCACAGGACACUGUCUCUUGGCGCAAGCAAAGGAGACUAAGCAAGGGGCGAGUGCCUGAGCACUGCCAGCUGGGUGGCUCUGGGUGGCAGUUCCUUCUCUGGUAAGUGAUGAGGCCAAGGACUGACACUUCUGUCGUACCUAGCACUCUGCCUCCGCUGCUUGCACUGGUUCUGCUGGGAGGAGGAGAGGACAAGCUGUAAGUACAGGGUGGUGUCGCAGCUUCCACCUGGGCAGCCUCUUGAGCCGUAGGUUGGCCGCUGUGGUGCAGUUACAUCUCUGCUCGUGCAGGUGAGCAUCUCCAGGUGUUCCUGAGGAAAGGAAGGAGCUUUUGUUCCAACAUGUGCCAAAGCAUUGCUUCUUCCAGCUGCAGUCACACUGUGCUGCUUGACUGGACUCCAGAACUCAUCUGAGAUGCAGAGGGCUUGAAGAAACGGCCAGCAGUGUCUGGCAGGGGUUGCUGAAGGUGUUUCAGACCCUCAGCUGCUAACACCACCUGCUUUUUUCUUUCUUUAAUGUGUGUUUUUGGAUUCUGAAUCAUUGCCUAAGUAAAACAAAAACCACCCCCAGAAAAACAUCAUCCUUUGGAGUGCUGGCAGCUGCCAUUCUGUAAUGCCUAUGGAGAGGGCCCUGAAACUGGGCUGGCACCUGGUCUGGUACUCAGAGUCUGAUCAUCGCUUCUGCUUUGUAACCUCCCUCCUCCUGCUCUUCUUGUGUAUGUAACUAUGUAUGAGAGAUGGGAACUAUUUUCUUACACUCACUAUGCAAUACAUUGGUAAAGCUGCACUGUAA